GCAUCGAGGAAGGGAGGGGGUUAGGCAAUUGGGCGACGAGGCGAAGUUAGGUUGACGAAUGGAAACCAACAGAAGACUACGAGUUAAAAAAUUGGAUUAUUUGAUCAUCUGACUGGCUUUAACGUUACAGGAACGGACUCGGAUCACGUUAAGGGGACCCCGCGGAUGAUACUGUAGAUUUUGGAGCCCGCCGUUACGUUUGGAUGUGUUUCGGGAAGACCCCGCGUAACACGGAUAGGUGGCGUAGAUUAGCCGCGGCGUGCUGAGACCGAGUUCAAGAAAUCACAAGUUGCACGCGCGAGAGGGAGACCCUUCCUCGCGAUUCUUACUGCUGGCCGCCGAGAAAUUUGGAUGCUCGGAUCUCCUAUUAUGACGUAGUUUGCGUUUCGUGACACGUUGUUGACUCAAGUGCAGUUACGUCUGAUGAAAGAGGCCCUAAAGUACCUCGCGAAAUAAUAAUUUAAUAUAUUAAUGGAUGGCAGUCACUGCAUGUUUGACAGAGUGAGAUAGAGAGGAUUAAAGACAUUUGUCACUGGAUUGAUUUCUGUUUAGUUCAGUUUCCCAGGACAACCAGGCUAUUGAAAAACUUUAAUAAUAAUAAUAAUUUAGAAUAUUUAAUAAAUAAUGAAUUAUUACCAGUGGUCGGGAUUGACAUGGCUUUUGAUGGUGGAAGUCGCACCUCUGUAUUGAAUUCAGUAAGUUACCUCAUGGAGUUGCUGUCUUUCACGUUUGAUAGGAUGUGAUGAAAAUAUCUGUCACACCUUGAGCACCAAAGACGAUGGACUUUAUUGUAAAAUACUUAAGGUAGUUAAGCAAAACAGCAACCUGGAUGUUUGAGACCUGUUAAAUAAGUCUUAUUUAUUCAUAAUAUUAUUAAUCACAUUCACUACUUACAUAACCAUAUUGAGGGUUGUUCAACCGAUGCUAAAAACUUCUCUCAGAGCAUCUCUGAUUUUCAGAAACUUCUCAAUGUUGGUGGAUUAAGCCAAGUAAAAAAAAUCGGCUUUCUACACAUAGGAGGAACGAUUAAAAGCGAUCUGCACUGAAAGUAGAAGUGUCUUGAGAAAGAACUAGAAUCUGGUUUCUAAAAAAAAUGGCAAGUGAAUGCACCUUCAGUGCUCAGUAUGACACUGAUGACACCUUUCGCACUUCUAAACUCUCUGCGGACGAGCAGCGUGAGCGCGCGGGAUACGUGAACGGCGGCUGCGCGUCCGUCGCGUCUUCUGCUUUCUUCGAGGUCAUCGGCGACUCUCUUUACCGCAGAAAGUUGGAGAAGGGUUUCGUCCAGUACCGGGAGGUGCUGGCUGAAGAUAAACGACUCCAGUCCAUAGCCACCUUCCACGAGAAAGCACCCGGCAAGACACACCACACCCUGGAGGACACAUACAGACUGGUGGCCGAGCACUAUUGGUGGGAAGGAAUGUAUUUUCAGGUCAGAGACUAUGUCUUUGGCUGUGAGGAAUGUCGACGGAGUCAGUCUGAAAGAUCAGCAUGUUCUGAUGUCGGACUUAUCUCCAGGAUUGUGGAAUCGCAUAGUCAUCAAGUCUUAAGUAAGCUCAAUAGCCAACGGGAAGCAGGGCUCUUCUGUGAUAUCACAUUGAAAACUGGUGGUGGCCAGUCUUUCGUCGCCCACAAAGCAGUCCUUGCAGCGGUGAGCGAGUACUUCCAGGAGUUAUUUACUGAAAUGGACUCAGCCACUGAUCCUCAGUCACAUGUUGAUCUCACAGGUUUCAGUGAGCAGAGCUUGCUUGCUUUACUAGAGUUCUCUUACACGUCUACCCUCAAUCUGAAUUUGGACAUCUUGACAGAGGUUUGUGCCAUGGCUCGCCAUCUACGCAUGUGGCCUGCCCUUGAGGCCUGCUCUGCUAUCAAAAGGGAGCGAGAGACUUGUCAGUUACGUUCCAGAAAGCACAGUUCUCCUGCAGAACUAAAGAAUUCAAUGCAUGGACCUUUCAGGAAAGACCACACCUCAACUUCAGGAGGGAAAGUGGGACUCAGGAGGAGGAGAGAGGAUGAGCAAGGAGAAGGCUCUGGGUCUUCCUGGAACAUUCGGGCACAGCACAGAGAGCACACUGUUGAUGAAGUUACAGAGGAAUCUGAAACAGAAACCUCAAAUCCUCAUUUGCAAUGCCAUGUCCCGUCCAGUUAUCAGGUGGAGGAAAAUGGCUUUCCGUGCAGCCCAAAUCGCAGAAUGAAGCUUAUGGACUUCAAAUCUCCAUCCUGCAAGAAAAAAUCAUCCUCGCGCCCCGUAUCUUCAAUCAUCUCAACUUCUCCUUGCACCUCUACUCGUUCUUCCUCUCCAUCACGCCGUCUGCUUCGGUCCUCACCUGGCGCUGCACUUGCUUUGCGCAGACUCCUGCCCAAAAUCAACCUUUCUACCAAAAGAAAGAGGAAGUCCUCUUCCUACCGGUCAUACAAGCCCCAGUGUGACUUCUCCGUGACUCCAUCCCAAUCUCAGGCAACUUCUUCGACCCAUGGUACCUCAGUAAAUGUAAAGAAGGAGGAUGUGGAGGAGGAGGUAUGCAACACAGUCCUUCAGGAUGAGGUGCACAGCCCUCGUACUCAGGAGAAAUACCGUCUUCUUAGCUUCCUUGGCUUGCAGAGGAAAUCAUUAGUGCCUGGUCAAGAGGAACUGUCUGGCUGGGGGCAGAAAAAACGGCUUAGGAAGUUAAAAGUCAGCGAUUAUUCACUCACAGCACGACGUAAACCUCGUGCACAAGGCGUCCCAUUGAGUUUCGGAACUAGUUUAGGAGUGCUUGCUGCCGUUAAUCCCACUCUAUCCCUCUGUGAUAUGAGCAGAAUGGACUUGCUGAACAGACCAGUGAAAGUGGAACCUUGGAACCAAGAAAGGUCCAAAAGGAAAAGACAUGAUCCUGCAGGGCAAACUGUGCAGCCAAUUGCAAGAGCUACACGUAGCAGGUCAUUGCUGCAGACAGACUCCAGUGCAACCGAUCGACUACUCAGACGCCACCACAGAAAUCAAGAUAAAGCACCUUCCCAACCUGCACGAAGAGGAAGAGUACCAGCACACAAUACCUCUUCCGCUUUAAAAAGCACUAUGCUCAGGAUAAAGCAGGAAUCUUCAGACAGUGCCAUCCUGCAACCCAUUCACCGUCGCAAUACUGCCUACAACCCCCAGGGAACUUCUCCUAAAGCACCAGGACGUAGGGGUCGCCCACCAGCAGAUCGCACAGUAAGGGUAGCCACAACAAAUUUACAGCACACAAAGCGACACAAACCUGGGCGCCCCCCAUUAGACAAACCUAAGAGCUCAAAACAAAUAGAAAGCACGACAAAAUGCAACCAUGCUAAAGGGAUGCCACAAGCAAAGCACAGCAGAACUGAAAGAGGAACACAGGUGAAGGAGAACAGAAAGAUUAAGGAAUGCAGGAAUAUAAAAGACAGUCCUGAAGUUCAGUAUGCCAUUGUGAACUGGGAUACUUCCAACCAUCAGCAGCUUCACAGCCAUCCCCUUUACAAAAUGAUAAAGGAAGAACCAGCUGAGCCCUUGCCCCUAACCCAGCCAUUCCCAACCAGUGACUCCUUGGACCUGGGCAAGCGUCAGAGCAAACCACCUGUCAAACUGUUGGAUCAAGGAUUCCUUUUUGGCUUCUGUCGGCCACCAAGUGCCAUUAAACGGGAGGAGGAGAGUGUGGACAUCUACCUGACUCGGUCAGUCUCUCAUGGAAGUAGUUCCAAUUGCGAUUCAUCACCUGGCAUGGUGAGAAGAGAUCGGGUUAGGGCCAGGAUUCUGCCAGACCGGACGGGUCUAAAUGGGCCUCACUGGGCCGGACUUGGCAACAGGCACUCACCCUUUUCCCAAAGGACUGCUAUUCGAGUAAAGACCGAGAGGGAUGAAACAAGAGUGUCCCAAGGGUCACAGGUUAGCAGAGUCCCCAGACACUCCCAGGUCAGCAAGAGGAGUUGUAAAAUCAAGAAGGAACCUACAAAGACACAGAAUGUAAAUAAGCUGCUUCCUCUGAGCAGUCGCCGCUCCGUCCUACUGGAAACCAUCCGACAGGCACGUCUGAAACAGCAGAAGGGUCCUCACAGUCAGGCCUCCAGUGGAGCACAUGUCUGCCUGCAGUGCAAAGCCUCCUACAGGGACUGUGAUGCCCUUAUUAUGCACCGGAUCAGGCACAUUGAAGGCAAACACUGGCCCUGCCCGGUAUGCAUCAUGUCUCCUGAGGUCCUGGAGGUGCUCCCUUCCCUUCCCAACAAUCUGUGCAGCAAAACUUUCUUCAGACAGAGAAAUGUGAGGAAUCACAUAAGGACACACAAUCCCAAGAUCUACAAAUGCCGCCAGUGCAUUGCUGCUCAGUGAGGUAAAAAGCCACAGGCUUAAAAGAAGAGGAGCAAAGCUUUGUUUCUUUAAUUAUUAAUGCUGUAAAUACCAAUGAUCUGUGAUGUAUGACAAUGAGGUUUAUGUAAAUAAUACUAUGAUGGUUUAAAUUGUCUUUUUCUUCACAAUAAUUAUUGUUGUUAUUUAAGUAACUAAGCUGUUAAGAAGUUGCUUUGCAAUUGAUACAGAUGUGUUGAACCAGAACUUGAACUCAUGGUGUAUUUCUCAGGGGGGCGGAGCCUGGUGGUCAAGGUGAUAUAUGUAUAAUGAGAUUGUGAAGAAUGCUUUAAAUUUGUUACUACUAAUUUAAUUACUACAGUUGUUAUAACUAUUGUUAUUAUUUUUUAUAAAUGGCAUAGUCUUGAGUGCACUUAAUGUUCGCUUUGUUUUGGAAACCUAAGAAAGAUGCAAUGGACUGGGAUGUACUUGAAUGAUGGUUGAAGUGGAGCCAGUGGACUGCCCUAAAUGUGUGGUUGUCUGGCAGUGUUUAAGAAAGCCAUUACAGAAUUAGUCAAGAAUUUUAAAACUAAAGUUUGUUAACUGGGUUAGAUUAUUCAAAAAAUCACAAGAUGGUUAACCUGUGUUGGUUAAAUACCAUUAUUUUGGUAUGCACCAUUUUCUGAAAACAUUUGAAUGUGUCUUUUAAAUAAGGGAAUCCCAAAAUGUCUAAUGUGAUUUUUUUUUCUUUCUUUCAUAAUUCCUUGUCUGACUUUUUAUGCAUAUCCUUCUUUAGCAUAAAAUGCAAUGGACUUAUAUGAAGAAGUUUUAAAUGUUGAGGUGUUUUGUCUGAAAACACAAGUUUAAAAUGUAGAAUGACUAAAUAGCCAUAUCAAUUUUGAAUUAAAAAAAUUUACACUUCA